CGGGCUUCUCGGCGGCCGCCACCCGGAGGGGUCGGGCCCGGGCCCGGGGCCUUGCCGGGUGCCGCGAUGGCGAAGGUCCCCGCGUCCACGCGCGCCCCGAGCAACCCCGUGGCGAAGCCGGGGCUUGUCCCGAAGCUCGCUCGGAAGAAAAACAAGAAGAAAAAAAAGUUUUGGAAAAGCAACGCGCGAGGAGCAAGCGCGAAGCCGGGAAGCGCCGCCGGUGUUGCGGCGCGACCUCCGCAGGCGCCGGAAGACUUUUCUCGAAACUGGAAGGCUCUGCGAGAGCUGCUGAAAGAAAAAUCUCAGGCCCCAGAAAAGCCUCUUGUUAUCUCUCAGACGGGUUCCAAAAAGCAGCCUGAGAUUAUCCAGCGAAACAGAAAAGAGAUCUCAGAUAAAGCAAGGAGAGAUGAGAAGUCGACAGAAAAAGGGCAAGAGGCCCCCGGGGGCUCUAUUCCUGCAGGAUCCAGGGUGGACCGGAAGGUGCCAGUACCUCCCAGGAAGGCCAGUGGAGCACAGCACAGUGAGAAGGGAACCAAGAAAAGGACAAAUGGUGACAUUUUUCCAAAACGAGGGGAUAUCAAGCAUAAGAAGCGGAAAGCUGAAGAGGUGGCAGCCUCGGCCCCAGCCCUACCCACUGAGGACGACAUCUGGUUUGAUGAUGUGGACCCAGUGGACAUCGAAGCUGCCCUAGGCCCAGAGGCAGCCAAGAUAGCAAGGAAGCGGCUGGGUCAGAGUGAAAGCGGCAUCACCCUCGUGAAGGAGCAGGCCUUUGGCGGCCUGACGAGGGCCCUGGCCCUGGACUGCGAGAUGGUGGGCGUGGGCCCCCAGGGGCAGGAGAGCGUGGCCGCCCGCGUGUCCCUCGUGAACCAGUACGGCAGAUGCGUCUAUGACAAGUAUGUCAAGCCGACUGAGCCCGUGACAGACUACAGGACCGCGGUCAGCGGGAUCCUGCCCGAGCACCUCACACGGGGAGAAGAAUUUGAAGUUGUUCAGAAGGAAGUGGCAGAAAUGCUGAAGGGCAGAAUUCUGGUUGGACAUGCGGUGCAUAAUGACCUAAAGGUGCUGUUUCUUGAUCAUCCAAAAAAGAAGAUUCGGGACACACAGAAAUAUAAACCUUUUAAGAGUCAAGUACAGAGCGGAAGACCGUCUCUGAAACUGCUUUCAGAGAAAAUCCUGGGGAUCAGGGUCCAGCAGGCAGAGCACUGUUCAGUUCAGGACUCGCAGGCAGCCAUGAGACUCUACGUGAUGGUGAAGAAGGAGUGGGAGAGUAUGGCCGGGGACAGGCGCCCCCCAGCAGCUGCUCCAGACAGCCGCACCGACAGCGCCUGACAGACCCUGCCCUGCUGCCGGCGCUGCCCUUCCUGCUGUCCUGUGGUGGCUCUGAUCCCGAGGCAGUGUGACCAAAGCAAGGGGACACAUCAGGCCCUCCCAGAUCAGCUGCUCUGGUGGAGCGCGGCACGCACGUUCCUGAGCACGUCCUCAACUGUGGUCUGAGACCUGGCCUCACCGCCGUGUGUGUUCAGGGGCAGGAUGGCAGGGACGCAGUAGGGGAGGAAGUUGGCAGGUUGGCGCCGCCACUGUCUGCUGAGCACCAGAGCACAAGCGGGACGUUUGGGCUGUCGGCCUGUCCGUGCUUCCAUUGCCCAUCCGACGGGCUGUGGUGGGAUUCGCCCUGGGUCCACCGGCGGAAUGUGUCCUGGGUGCUCAGCGUCUUCCUGUUGUCUGGGUGACGUGAUAAGCUGGACUUGAGGGACGCAGGUGGGGCCUGCGGUUAGCUACCAAGACGUGGCCGGCCAGGACAGCAGCUGCUUUGCUGGGGAGCUUCCUGUGGCCCUUUGGACGUUGCGAGGCUUUCUGGGGGCAGGUGUUCCUUUCUCACUCGCGUUGAUCCAGUUGGCCCAGUGUUGGCUGGUGGGCGAGUACCUCCAGGAGCUUCUCCCCACGCCAUGACAACCUGCAGAGCCUCAGCCCCCGGAGGUUGGUGGGCCUGCUGGCCUUGGGCUUAUUACUGGGAAAGCCAUGUGAGCCCUCAUGGGCCACUGCACUGAUAAAGGGAAUAAAGCCUCAGGGUUUCUUGAGUUGCCCAACA